UGCAUCAUUCCUCAACAAGGCGCCGACACCGGCAUCAUCAUCGGAUUUUCUCCCCCGACCAGCCUCGACAGUGCGCCCCUAAAUACGUGCCUCACAUUGAAGCAUGGGAUACGAACGCCAGUUUUUUCAAGGGCCGAGGAUUGCUACAGCAACAGAACGAACGUUGGGACGAAAUUUGUCUCGCAGUCAGAAAAUGUUAACCUAUUCAUCAGCGAGAACUUCUCCGUCAAUUUGAGGCAAUGCGUGAAACUGAUAAAACUCAUCAAAGACAAUUCUUCUGCUGGGCUGGUCCAGUGCGAAUUUGACCCCUUCAGACGUUUUGACAAGAUGACUCUCUCAGACGACGCAAACAAAAUCAAAGAUCUGCCAAAUGCCGGGGGAAAUUCUAUGGUCUCCGAGGUUUUGUCUUACGAAAUGUUGAAGAGGACUUUCGGCGCCGAGCUUCAUAAGACGGAGAUGGAGGUCGUCUAUUUCCCGUAUGGUGGCGCCAUGACCGACUACACCUGCAAACUGUUCGACACGACAGUUGGCGUCUCGGUUACCAGAGCUAUGAAGUUCAGCGGGGAAUACACCCUGGAAGAUGCCCAGAGGAUAUUGAACAAGAAGUUACAUGGGGUCAUCCGUUCAACCCAGACCUCCCUUGAGAAGUGGUCCAAACAGAUUCUCCAUAUAUGGGCAGAGACCAAGCACGCAGCGAACUAUCUGACGCAGGCCUAUGACGCAAUCAGUGACGUCACGAAAUUCAACACUGUGGUGUUAAUUACAGUGGCCAAUCACAGGAAAGCUCCGGAGAUUUUCUAUAACAAGUGACAAAGCAAAACUGUUAUACAAAGGCCUAUUACAGGUAGAAUAUACAUUUGUGCAUGUGCCUCUCACUGUGUCUGGCUCAAACACGUCGACACAGUACAUGUAACUAGUGAAUAGUAUUUAUACUUUUCUAAAUGUUUUCAGCAGUGUUUUAUCUAUUGUCUUUCGGCCGAAAGCACUUUUGUUUAUGCAUUUACAUGUAGAUAUAUGUUGUAAUAAAUGUUGUAUUUUAUAAA